GACACGGGGGGGUGUGUGUGUGUGUUUGAGCCUGGUGGACGCGGCAGCAGCUGGAGAAGGUGAUCCUGCCUCUGCUGCGGUGCUGUGCACAGUCCUGGGCCUCCAGUAUCACAAAGAGCUGGGAGAUGCCAGCAAGUGCUGCUGUGAUGCUGCAGGCGCUGGGGCUGCUGUGCCGGGAGGAGAGGCUGAGAGCUGUGGCUGCUUAACACAGAGAUUCAGAUCCUGCUCAUGUCCAUGAAUCCCUGAUAGGAGGUGCAGAGAGCGUGGAGCCUGGCUGCUGUCAGUGGUGCCCUGUACCAGGACAGAAGGCAUAAACUGAGGCACAGGAGGCUCCAUCUGACCAUCAGGAAGCACUUGUGUGCUGGAGCAUUGCUACAGGGACCCUGAGAUUGCGGGUGUCUUCCUUGGGGAUCUUAAGAAGCCGCCUGAAUGUGGUGCUGGGUGUCUCUGCUGGAGCAAGAGUUUGAGCAGAUGGACACAGAGGUCCUUUCCAGCCUCAACUUGUCCUUUUGUGACUGUUUGUUUGCUUGCACUUCAGGUGGUUUAUAUUUUUGAGAGAUUAAUUAAGGGAAAGAGCUUCAGACUCUUAGAGAGAUGUUAAGGUGUGGUUUAGGCAACAUGGGGCAGGAGAUUUCAGAAGGAGCUGAAUGUUGGGGUUUGAGUUCCACGUAAUGUGCAUUAUGUGUGAUAGUUGAUAGGAGUAUGUCUGGACAUAAUUUGUGAUGGAAGGUUUUAUAUCGGCUUCCCCUUGAUUAUGAGUACAAAGCUUAUAGGCUUCAUUGAGGCCUAUAGGCUCUGGAUAUUUGCAAACCUUGUUUUAAAGGUUGGCAUCCAUUGCUUUCAGGUGGGGUUUUUUAUUCAGUGCUAAAUCUGGAGAGAUGUAAGCUAAAUCUGACUUCUUCAGGGGUCUCCUGGGCUAUGGUCGUGUUUACCACAGCUGCAGUAGGAAGAUCAGAAAUUGACAGAAUGGUUGCACAUCUCAACUGGCCUUUGUUUAGAGAAAAGGGAAAUGUGAUUCUGAACAGGGAGAGAAAAUGAGUGCUAAAGAGAGGUACUGGUGGCAAGAUGUGACCCGUUCAUGCUGUGCCAUUCUUAAAAGGAAACUUCUGCUCAUGAGGGUUAGUUAAAAUAACUUCUUAAAGAAUAUUAUUUUAAAAAUAAUCCCCCUCUCCAUCAGCUAAUUACUGGCAUGUGUUUGCUUUCAGAGCCUUUCACGUGGAUUCCAAGUAUGAAAAUUAAGGCAGGAGUUUCUUUAGAAAUGUGAUGCUAGUGAGUUGAAUCUAAUCUUCUACGGAGGAGCUUGCAUAACAGUAAGAGAUCUGAUUUGAGCUGCCUUAAUAAUCCCUAGGUAGUCACUGGGGAGAGUGAGCUGCUGCUUAGGGAGUGAGGGAUGGAGGAGCUGCCUUCUGGAGAAGUUCAGUUAGGUGCCUGCUGUGGGAACGGCCUGAGGAGUCCUGUUUGCUGGAGGGCUGCUAAAUAAUACUGCUUGGGGGAGUACUGAACAGUUUCCUGCUGAAGUGUAGGAUGUGCAGGUGCUUCACAUCAAGAAAAUAACAAGCAGUGUUUACUUAAGUUACAAAUUACAGCUUGUUCUUUACUAGCUUUGUGCCAGUAAAAUUGCUGGGCUCCGCUGGUUGUUAGUGAUUCAUAUUCCGGAAGAUUUGAUACGUGCUUAAUCAAAAGGCACAAAGACGUUGUCAGAGUUCAGGAGCUGAGUUCAAAGGCCUGCCACGUAAAGUCCAGUGCAGAUACUUUGGGCAGCUAAUCGUAGGCAAACAGAGAGGGGCCAGAGGAGGAAGUUAAGUCAGACUGGAAUGACAGGAUCACAGAUUGACUCGGUUCUGGGUACACCUUGAUCAGGAUGGUACGUUAUGAAGGUGUUUUCUUCACGGGGAGAGUGGUGAGGCGCUGGAAUGGGCUGCCCAGAGAUGUGAUAGAAUCCCCGUCCCUGGAGGGAUUGAGGGGAGGUGUGGACGUGGCAGUGAGUGAUGGAUGUGGUGCAGUGACAGGACUUGGUGGGUUGGAUUGGUGGUUGGACCUGGUGAUUCUGAAAGCCUCUUCUAACGUAGGUGAUCAGAGGACUGGGAGCAGCUCUCCUCUGAGGAAAGGUUGAGGGAACUGAGCUUGUUGAGCUUGGAGAAGAGAAGGCUGGGGGGAGACCUCAUAGUGGCCUUCAGUGCUUGAGGGGAGCAGAUAAACAGGAGGGGGAAUGGCUGUUUGUGAGGGUGGAUGGUGAUAGGACAAGAAGAAUGGUUUUAAAGUGAGCCAGGGGAGGUUGAGGUUGGAUCUGAGGAGGAAGUUUUUGAGCCAGAGGGUGGUGAGGCACUGGAACAGGUUGCCCAAGGAGGCUGUGGAUGCCCCAUCCCUGCAGGCAUUCAAGGCCAGGCUGGAUGUGGCUCUGGGCAGCCUGGGCUGCUGGUUGGUGACCUGCACACAGCAGGGGGUUGGAGCUGGAUGAACACUGUGGUUGUUCUGGCUCUGCUGUUUCAGCUAUGCCUCCGUUGCAAGUAAACCCCUGAAUCACUGGAAAUCCUGUGUGUUCUGUUUAUUUGUAAGCCUCUCAGAAGUCUCUCAAAGUGAUACCUGGGAGUGGCACACAGCUUUGGUGUGGAGCAGGGUGUUAGCUGAGCAAACAUGCCUUCAGGCCAUGGAAUGGCUGCCCAGGGAGGUGGUGGAGUCCCGUCCCUGGCAGUGUUCAAGAAGUGUGUGGACGACGUGCUGCAUGAUGUGGUUUGGUGCUGGUGGUGGCAAUGGUGAUGAGAUGGUUGGACUGGAUGAUCUUACAGGUUGUUUCCAACCUUGUGACUCUAUGAUUCUAUGAAUGGGAGGUGUGGAAUCAGAGGAGGCAUCUCCAGCCAUUUUGCUCUCAGAUGUUUUAAGGUUCGAGCCUCCAUAUCUGUGCUGGGGUUGGUAGAUAUAGAAUCACUGCAUGUACUUCAUUUCCUUAGGCAGCAAAGCUAAAACAUUUGCAGGCAAGUAGAUUAAAAAUAAUAAUAAUCCAACCUGCUGGAAGAAUACAGUGAUGAUAGAAAGUUACAGCAGCUGCUCUGUCCUCUGGGGGAGCCUUGGCUCCUUUCUCUGCAGCAGUCUGGCAUUUAGUUUGGAGGAGUGCCUGAUGGUGAACUGAUAGAUCUCACAGCAGAUCAUGGAAUCCCUGAUUGCCAGCUUCCUGAGCACCUUGCACCCUGCUGCAUGAGGCCUUGUGCACCCUGGGGAGCUGUGCAGUUAACUACAGGUGAUGUUAUCUGUAGUGGUGGACAUACAGAGGCAAUGGGAGCUGCCCUGUUGGUCUUCCAGCAUCUUGUGCUGAGUGCUCAUGGCGUGUGCAAAGGACAGAUCUCCUGUGUGAUCUGAAUGUACCAGGUUGUCCUCAUGAGUGCUCCAGUGGAGAAUGUCCAUGAUCUUCUUUGCCUGUGUGGUGCGGGUGAGAGACGGUCUUCCCCUCUCAGCCUCCACAGACUUUCAUUUCAACCAGGACUUUUUGGAAUGCAGAAAGAAAUUGAAGGCAUUAUCCUCAGUUCUGGCACGCUAUCCAAGUCGAGGCACAGCAAAAGGACGUCAGCUGAGCAUACAUUUCCUGUCUUCUGGGGAGAUUGCCUGCAUGGCCAUCUGUUCGAGCAGUUACUCGACCAUCAUGGCAUUUUGCUUCCUGGAAGAGCUUCAAUGGGAAUUUGCUGCUUCCUAUGACACAACAAGCAUCAGUUUAGCUUCCAGACCGUAUGCUUUUCUUGAAUUUGAUGAUGCCAUUCAGAAAGUAAAACACCGCUUCAAUUACAUGAGUGGCUCUGCAAUGAAGGUCAGCUGGGAGAAGGUGGAGGAGGAGCUGAGGUUGCAGCCCCCUGUUCAGCUGAAGCUGGAGGAUGCAGAGCUGAUGAAUGGGAUGGCUAAUGGUGGGCACACAGGAGUGCAUGUGGAGGUUGCCCCUGCCUACAGAAUGGAGCGUGUGACCCCCCUGGGCAUUCUGUCACUUGUUCUGAACAUCAUGUGUGCAGCUCUGAAUCUCAUCCGAGGAGUUCACCUAGCAGAGCAUUCCUUUCAGGAGGACUAUGAAGGAAUUGGAAAUGUGGUAGCAUUUUUUCUACCUUUUCUAGCCUGUGUUUUUCAGUGUUAUUUGUACCUGUUCUACAGCUCCAUGAGGAAGGUGAAGACAUUUGUACUCUUCUGCUCUGUUUGUUCAUGCAAUAUUUACUUGUAUGGAUUACGGAAUCUCUGGCAAAUAGCCUUUCACAUAGGAGUGGCAUCUCUUUCCUCCUACCAGAUACUGACAAGGCAACUUAUGGAGAAACAGCCUGACUGUGGAGUAUGAAAAAGACUUUGGGUUCGCAACGCUCUUUUUAAAAUUAUUUUUUUUUUUGUAUUAAAAUGGCCAAAAAUAGUUUGAAGUAUUUUUAAAUACUUGUGACAAUGGUUACUGCAAGGAGGAUGUUCCAAAGCAACGUGGAAUUAUGACAGGAUACUACUGUAGUUCAUUCACACAGUGAAGAAUUCAGCUGUGUUCCACAUAAUGUGUGCUAAUGGUGCAUGAUAGAUUUUGUCAGGUGUCAUCAACGGGUUGAGGUUCUCCUACCAUAAACAGGCUCUUACUCCUUGACUACCACCAUCCAGACAGCAUUUUGCCAUCUGUCUUGCUGGCUUUGUGACAGUUUGGCAGCCCAAUGUCUUGGCCUGCCAAUGCUUCUAAAAAUAUUAAAAGCAUUGUAGUGAAGUGAAGGUAAAGUGGUGGGUAAUAUUUUUGUCUGUAGAAUUUAUUAAGCGUUAAGAUUCUUGGUAAAUGUAAGGAAAGGAGUGGUUUGCCAUAGUUGGUGUGUUAUCAAUGGGAGAAGGUGUUAGGAUGAGAUUCAGGGUAUGUUUUUCCUGGGUUUUGAAGGAAAGGACAAGACUGGCUUCUUCAAAAACUCUAGAGGCUAUAAGUAUCUCCUGGCUGAGCAGCACACUGUCAUUAACUGUGUACUUAUUGUUUAAUCCCAAAUAUGCUUAGGGCAGCAUAAAGUGAACCAAGCGAACACAAGUGACCUUUCAGCUCAGGUGGCCUUUAUUUCCUUAGUUAAGGUCACUGUCACUGUAAGGGCAAUCCCAUGUUUGCUUGGUCUGUACAGAUAACAAACCUUCCAAGCCUCCUUAUGACAGACCUUCACCUUUAGAGCAAAGAACAGCUGUUGAAUUGAAAGCCAUCUCCAGUAAUGGAGAGCAAGAGCAGGUUCUCUUUUUUUAAUCUGAAACACCUUUAGUUUUUGGUGUUGAGUUCUUACAGUAAGACGAAUUUAUGAGCGUGGAAGUUUGGAUACUACUUAGCUCUACUACUUAGCAGCUGAGUUUCUUCACCUCUGCUGCACUGGGUGUUCCUGUAUGUGAUCAGGAUCACAGAAUGUGAUGCAGUUUGGCACAUAAAUGAACAUAACAAAGCAUAACAUACAUGAACAAAGCAUAGCAUUUUGAUGCUGCUGUCCCUGAAGGAUUGAAGACUCAAACUGGAAAGAUACAAGGAACUGUAAGCGUGUUAUUGUCCAACUAUGGGCAUAGCUUUUCUUUUUUAUUAUUGUUGUUUUUCCCUACAAGCCUAUUUCCUGGUGACCCCAUUUCCAUUUCCACCAAAGAUAUCCUUUUUUUCCUCUCACAGUCUCUACCUCUGGUGGUUGCAGGGAGAUGAACACCAUGCAGAGAUGUCUUCCUGAGUUUGCAGGAACACAUGAAAGAAUAAGUUUCUUGCACAUCUGUGAAUUUCCCUGGAAUCUCAUCAUGCCAACAUUGCUGGUGUCAGUGGAUUGCUAGACCAGAAUUGUGUAGCACCUUGGAAGCACUUCUUUGAUGCUUCUGACUUCAACCUGCAGCCCAUUAUAACCUGAAUGGUUUCUGAGACAGCAUGGUAGCACAGAAGCAUUUCUCUUCCGUUCCAUGCUAACCAGUUACUGUCACAAUAAAUAGUGAGUGCUUUAAAGUGCUUGGAAGUAUGCAGUAGAAAUGAUGGAGGAAGAUUUCAGCCAGCCAGUUAGGAGCACUGCUAAGGCCAUGUGCUGUAAGGGGUGGGUUAACAUUGGUUUUCUGUUGUAUGCUCUGGCAGAAAACUGGAGCUGAAUGGAAGAUGAAGCCAGCAUUGAGCCACUGUCCUUUUGGCACCUGGGGGUCCCCACAAACAUGCAGGUUUUAGAGCUGCCAAGCUUUAGGUUUCCAUGGUCAGUCCCAGUUUUACUUGGUGAGGUUGGUGAGGUGCUCUUUCAGUGUGAUUGGAGGCUGCGGGGAACUAAGAAAUGCAGCUGGAUUACAACUAACUCAAGUAAUUAUAAAGCAAACCAACAAAAAACCCAACCAGCCCAACUCCUGACCUCCCUCUCUCCACUUUGUCCCCAGAAAGCUUAAAGGCAUGUAAAAAAAAAAUCUCUCCCUAGGAAUGAAUGCUUUGCUAACCCAGUCUGAUGGGGGCAGCUGCACCCAUGGGAGGGCAUUGGAACUGGAUGGCCUUUAAAGUUGCUUCUAACCCCAGCUGUGCUGUGAGUCUAAGGAAGAUAGUGGAUCUGACAUGUUUUUGGUUGCCUAGGGCAUGGACUGGCUAUCAGCCUACUGGCUAACCGUGGGGAAAGAAUAAAGCAUUUCCUACUACAAAAACUUGGUGAAAGGGCCCUCUGCCAUCCUCAAACUCCCCAUUCCUCCUUUAUUUCACCUCCAGUCAGGCUUGAGAAUCCAAAAGAACUGCACUGGUUCUCCUUAGGGCUUCAGUAAAGCUGGUUUGCUAUCACAUAAGGCAUGCAGAUCACAGCCAGGGCACGGGGCCAGGGAACCAUUAUCUUCUUUGUGUUCCACGUCCCCCUGUUUAGCUGAUGGGAAGAAACUGUAAUAUUCCUGAUGGCUCCUGAGCAUCUGUUUGCUUUAUCAUAAAACCAAUGCAUCCCUGUGCCAGGUGAUGUGAGCAAUAGCUCGCUUCGGUGAGGAAGGUAGAACGAGGUGUUAAGACAGCUCUUGUAAUUAACCUAAUUAGAGUUGAUAGAGAUUAAAUUCAGCCUCCCCUUCGUGUUUUCUUUUCUUCCUGAGAAUGCUUUGUCAAAUAAAAUCAGUUGGUGCAAUUCUGCCUUCGUGGAAAUGCUUUAGGGAAUGGAUAGAGGAUGUGACUGGGUUUUUUCUGAACAGACAAAGCUUUGAUUUGCUGUGAGGCUUAAUCUCUUCACAACCUUUUAGUUUUUCCUUAUUAAAGAAUCUGUGUGCAUUCACAUGAGCACCGUAUCUGUGCACUUUGCAGGUGUGGGUUUUGAUUUGGGUACAAGAGCAAACAUUUGACCCAAUUUUUGUUUUGUGUUGUUAUUUAGAAUGGCUGCUGUAUCCAUAUGGCAUUGACACAGUUAAACCUUUUCCUCCAGCCAAACAGCAGGAGGAAUAGCAUAGCUUACAUUGAUUUCAGUGCUUUAAGAUUUAAUAAAAAAGAAUGACUUGCAGUUUGAGUACAUGAAAUCUGACUCAUAGCGUGGGAUUAUGGCUGUGUUAAAUCCCCAAACAGGAAUCCAUCCCUUUUUGUUCAAGCUGUUGAACGCAGGUUGACUUGUAUCUCCUUAAUUCAGUUUGUGAGUCCCUGGGAGGUUCUUCUCCUCACCCAGCAGCACAGCGUGAGGAAGUUGGCACAGAGGAAACUUCAUUAACUUAAGGGUUUGCAGAGCGUGGUCACUUUAUGAACCCCAUUUUCUGUUCUUUUUUUUCUCCUAAAUACCUGUGAAGUUUAUAGAAGGUGGGCUGGUACCUUUUUAGACGUUUUUGCACUCUAUUAAUAAUUGAACCUGUGUAAAUGUGUAUAAAAUCAUUUUGCAUGUGUAUGUAUAAAUGUACAUAUCUAAUAAAUGGCUUU